AUUCUCAGUGUGAUCCAGCUGAGUGGGUGAAAAGCAAGGAGUGAGAGAGAGAGAGAGAGAGAGAGAGAGAGAGAGAGAGAGAGAGAUACAGUCACUCGUCCCUCACUCCAGGCUUUAAGUUUACAGGCAGCCAGUUAGAUUUUCUUGGCUUAGACGCAGCGCUCAUGACAGGAUUAGGAGCCGGGGACGCGGGACCAACCGGAGAUCUGCAGGUCCUAGUGGACGAGCCCGGGCCAGAUUCACUCCCUGCACAGCUGUGACCGGCCUCCCGUGUCCCGUCACACCACAUCUUCCGUCAGCAGUCUUCCAAGGUUGACCUGAUUACCGUGAGGCCUCCCUUCCUCUCCUUUCGUCUCCCAUCAUGCGUCUCCUCGCCACCCUCCUCUUCCUCUUGCUGCUCCUCCCGUCAGCUGAGCCCCGGAGAGGCCCUCGAUCUGGGGCUUUGGAGAGGGGCGCCGGGGGCCAUGUGCGGGGCAGAGGCAGGGCCGGAGUGGUGAGACGUCAAACUCAGGAGUGCAAGGAAUACAUGGAGGCAGGAGAGAAGUACCUUGACUGCCAGGACAGGGAGCUGACCAACGUGAUGCAGGACUGGCCCAAAGACAUUCACCACCUGCUGCUGGCAAGAAAUAGCAUUCAGGUUUUGAGGGACAACAUGUUCUCCCAGUUCACCCAGCUGAAGAGCCUGGAUCUCCAGCAAAACGACAUCUCCAUGGUGGAGGACGGAGCGUUCAGCGGCCUCACCCAGCUCACCACGCUGCUCCUCCAGCACAACAGGCUGAAAACGGCCACAGAGGACGUCCUGCUCCCUCUGACCCGCCUCACCUACCUCCGUCUCUAUGACAACCCCUGGAGCUGCAACUGCCUGUUGGACAGCCUGGUCAGGACCCUACAGGUGCCUAGCAACCGCAACCUGGGCAACUACGGCAAGUGCGCGGAGCCCCCGUCGCUGAGGGGCCAGAAGCUGAGGAAGCUGAGCUCGGACGCGUUGUGUGCGAGCGACAACCAGGUGGACAGGAAGCCGGGAGACGGAGGGAGACCGAGCCGUCCAAUCAAAGUGAAGACGGAGGCCACGUCCAUGUGCCACACCUACAUGUUCCCCAAACCUCUGCUGGACUGCAGCCAGAAAGAGUUGAAUAACGUCCCGUCUGACCUGCCGUCUGACAUAGUGAAGAUGGAUCUGUCCUGUAACACCAUCAAACAUCUCAGGCCCAAACAGUUCCUGCUGUCCAAAGACCUCAAGCUGCUCAACCUGAGCGGCAACAGCCUGCACCGUAUAGACACAGCUGCAUUCGCAGGCCUGCUGUACCUCCGUGAGCUCGACCUGUCCAACAACAGCCUCCAUUACUUCCAGUACGGUGUGCUGGAGGACCUCUACUUUGUACGGAAGCUCUCGCUGGAGAACAACCCCUGGAUCUGCGACUACAACAUCCACUACCUGAUCUACUGGCUCAAGCACCACCCCGGCGUCUUCUACACUGGCCUGAUCUGCUCCGAUCCGCAGGAGUUCAGGGGCUGGCGCGUCGUGGAUUACGUCAAGACCUACAACGGGGAGUGUCCCAAGGAUAGACAAAUUGAAGGGAUGGAUACGGGACAGGGAGGACAAGGGGGGACGGACAAUGAAGCACAGGAGUUGGUAGGGGACACGGUUGACGAGCGUCUGCCUCGGCCCCUGAAAAAGAAGAAGCUCAACAAGUUUGAGAUCAUCAGGCUGAGUUAGAACAGCGGACUGUGCUUUAGUAUGGAGGUCAAGAGAUUAAAAUGCAAGUCUGCGGAGAGGCUGAGAAUGAAUUAAUAAAGGUAGACUCAGUGAUUUGAUGUUUAGAUAAAAAAUGUGACGUGUAAAAGUACAAUUUUGUCUUUUUAGUAAUCAACAUUUUCCAUCUUGUGUGGAUAACAGAAAAAACACAUUUUGGGACAUUUUCUUCAAAGAUUGUUAGUUGCAAUGUCAUAUUGCUAAGUUUACCUUUUAACAAAUGUUUAGGAGAUGCCACAUGAGCUUUUGUUUUUAUCUUUUUUGCAGAACAUUCCCAACCCAGUCUGUAUCAGAUCUAAUAACUUUGAAUUUCCCACAAAAUGAACUGCAGGUGCUCUCCUUCUUUUCUGUUACAGUCAUUUUGAUAAUUGAGUUCAGGAUAUACUUUUUUUUUGUUCUAAAAAGUAGUUUUUGGUCCUUCUUUUGUAUUAAUUAAUGUACGACAUUGUCUACCUGUUUUCUGGAAAUAAAGUUGGGUUUAUUUUUUCUGACAA